AACAAUGAUGCCAAAAGGGGAAGCUUCUAAUAGAAACCAACGAAGUGAAUGCUCUCAUUCCUGAUUUUCUUCACCCAAACCAUUCAUUGUUUCUUUCCUUUCUUGUUUGCACUUCUUCCCACUUUUUAGUUGCUAUAUACUCCUUCUUUUACUCUCUCUCUCUCUCUCUCUCUCUCUCUCUCUCUCUCUCGGACAGUCAACUCAAGAGUUUAACUGAACUGAAGCUUCAUGUAAAGUUCGCAACUUUCUUCAUUUGGGUGGGAAAUGAGAAGAAGAAUUAGCUAAGGUUGAAAAAACAAGUUCCUUAUUUUCUGCUUUGAACUUGGGUGUGUGUGAUGGAGUUCCCUUUCUUUCAUCAUUUGAGUCUUUGGAGAACAUGUAGAAAUAUUCAAAUUUGGACCAUUUUCUUGCUCAUGCUCCUGCUGCUGAAGAGUGGUGGUGUGUAUUCUGAUUCUGAUUACUUGAUUGGUCUUGGAAGCUAUGACAUUACUGGACCUGCAGCUGAUGUUAACAUGAUGGGGUAUGCUAACACACAACAAAUUGCAUCUGGGAUUCACUUCAGGCUGAGGGCACGCGCUUUCAUUGUUGCCGAUGAAGACGGUAAGAGGGUGGUGUUUGUGAAUCUUGAUGCUUGCAUGGCUUCACAGAUUGUGACUAUCAAAGUAAUUGAGAGGCUCAAAGCAAGGUAUGGUGAUCUGUAUACUGAAGAGAAUGUAGCUAUAAGUGGAAUUCACACGCAUGCUGGCCCUGGAGGUUAUCUCCAAUAUAUUGUGUAUAUUGUAACAUCUCUUGGAUUUGUGCGCCAGUCGUUUGAUGUCCUUGUUGAUGGAAUUGAGAAGAGUAUUGUCCAGGCCCAUGAAAAUCUCCGCGCCGGAUCAAUACUUGUCAAUAAGGGAGAACUCCUAGAUGCCAGUAUAAAUCGCAGUCCCAGUGCUUAUCUCAACAAUCCUGCUGCAGAGCGAAAGAAAUACAAGUAUGAUGUUGAUAAAGAGAUGACACUUUUAAAGUUUGUUGAUGAUGACUUUGGACCUGUUGGAAGCUUCAAUUGGUUUGCGACACAUGGGACUUCAAUGAGCCGCACAAAUUCAUUGAUUAGUGGGGAUAAUAAAGGUGCUGCUGCACGGUUUAUGGAAGACUGGUUUGAGAAAGAAAGUUCUGAAAGAAAUUAUUCUGUUGGAUUGAAGAAUGAUCGCUUGCCACGAAGAGUCUCAAAUAUAAUUCCUGGUCUUCUUGAUAACCAUCAUGAAUUACUGGAAAUUACUGCCAACGUUCAAUCUCUUCCCAGCAGAUCAGCAACCAAAAAUUCGAGCGUUGCAAGACGAGUGAGAAGUGCACGUAGGCAGGCUGGCAAGCCUGAAUUCGUGUCAGCAUUUUGCCAAUCAAAUUGUGGCGAUGUUACUCCAAACGUGCUUGGAGCUUUCUGUAUAGACACUGGUCUACCUUGUGACUUCAAUCAUAGCACAUGUGGAGGAAAGAAUGAAUUGUGCUAUGGCCAAGGACCCGGCUACCCAGAUGAAUUCGAAAGUACACGCAUCAUAGGGGAAAGGCAAUUUAGAAAAGCAGUGGAACUUUUCAAUGAAGCAAAGGAUGAAAUUGAAGGGGAUGUUGAUUAUAGACAUGCCUAUAUAGAUUUAUCCACACUUGAAGUUACUAUUCACAAACGUGGAACUUCCAAGGUCAUAAGGACAUGCCCUGCUGCAAUGGGGUUUGCAUUUGCUGCUGGUACAACCGAUGGACCUGGAGCUUUUGAUUUCAAGCAAGGUGAUGAUAAGGGCAAUCCUUUUUGGAAGAUGGUUCGUGACUUACUAAAAACACCAACCAAGGAGCAAAUAGAUUGUCAGCAUCCAAAGCCCAUUUUGCUUGAUACUGGUGAAAUGAAGAAACCUUAUGAUUGGGCUCCAUCAAUACUUCCAAUCCAGAUCCUCCGAAUUGGGCAGUUUGUGAUUCUCUGUGUACCAGGAGAGUUCUCAACAAUGGCUGGGAGGCGUCUUUGCGAUGCGGUUAAGACAGUGCUAAGUAAUGACAAGGACUUUAAAAACAUGCAUGUUGUUAUAGCAGGGUUGACUAAUACCUAUUCGCAGUAUGUAACAACAUAUGAAGAGUACCAAGUGCAAAGAUAUGAGGGUGCUUCCACACUAUAUGGUCCGAACACACUGAGCGCAUACAUUCAGGAGUUCAAGAAGCUUGCAAAGGCCCUCAUCAGCGGCGAACCGGUAGAACCCGGUCCACAACCACCUGAUCUCCUGGAUAAGCAAAUAAGCUUCCUCCCACCAGUUGUUGUAGAUGGAACCCCACAUGGAGUAGACUUCGGAGAUGUGUGCUCUGAUGUGCCUCAAAACUCCACCUUCAAAUGUGGUGACAUGGUGACAGCAUCAUUCUGGUCAGCCUGCCCGAGGAACGACCUCAUGACCGAAGGCACCUUUGCAUUGGUGGAAUUUCGUAAAGGUGAGGAUAAUUGGGUUCCUGUUUAUGACGACGACGACUUUUGCUUACGAUUCAAGUGGUCAAGGCCCUCUAAACUCAGUUCUAGGAGUAAGGCAACCAUAGAAUGGAGGAUACCAAAUGAUGUGAAUCCUGGUGUGUAUAGAAUAAGACAUUUUGGUGCUGCAAAGAGUUUGUUUGGUUCAAUUCACCACUUUACAGGUUCAUCAAGUGCGUUUGUGGUUGCGUAGAGUCAUAGAGGUAGUUUAAUUGGUCAUCACUUUUACUCUGUGAUUUUAAUGCUCAACUCUAUGCAAUUUAUUUAGUGAAUGAAUCAUACAGAAGGAUGAUGCCAUUGUGUAUCAUUUGUUAUA